CCACACUUAGACUUGGGACUAGUCGCCAUAGUUUGCAAGAUGUUGGGAGGGGUGAAAUAUAUAUUUUCUCAUUUUUGGGUGAAUAAAAUGUACCAAUAUUAAAAUGGUUAUAUCUCAGGAUGCUACAGAUGAACCCAAUCAAGGGUUUACCGACUAUUCUGAACUAAAAAACGGAAUAGAAAAAUCACCAGCUUCAACCAAAGUUAUUAAUGCGAAGAUUUUGGCCGAAGGCUAUACCAAAGGGAAAAGACGCCUGGAGACCUUUAGUGUAGUAUCAUGUGCCAUUUUUUCCAGCAUAGUGUUUUUCUACUUGUGUAAGAAUUUUCGACUCGCUGAAAUCAGAACAGUUUUGUUUUCUGCAGUUGCAGGGGCAGUUACUGCUGACUUCCUUUCUGGGCUGGUUCAUUGGGGAGCUGAUACAUGGGGAGCAGUGGACAUCCCUGUUUUUGGAAAAGCCUUUAUUCGUCCUUUCAGAGAACAUCAUGUGGACCCCACAGCCAUAACAAGACAUGAUUUGAUUGAAACAAAUGGUGACAACUGUAUGCUAACCUUACCUGGUUUAUCUUACAUGGUCUACAAGUUUCUCACUUAUGACCAAGAUACAAUUGAAGCAUCCUAUGGAAUGGACUGUUUCGUGUUCUUCUUGGCUGUCUAUGUUACCUUAACCAACCAAAUCCACAAGUGGUCUCACACCUACUUUGGUUUGCCAAUGUGGGUGCAGAAACUUCAGGAGUGGCACAUAAUCUUACCACGGAAGCAUCAUCGCAUUCACCAUGUUUCACCCCAUGAGACAUACUUCUGCAUCACAACUGGUUGGUUAGACUAUCCUCUGGACGUGAUCGGAUUCUGGCGAUCUUUAGAGUGGUUGAUUGAGAAAACAACUGGGGUGAAGCCACGAUCAGAUGACAUGAAAUGGGCAGGAAAACCCAAUUAAAUUUGAUCCAAUUUUAGUCUGAAACUGAUUAAAAUAUAGUACAAUAAUUUUUUUUGUAAGUGAAUGUAGGGUAUCUCAUAUCAUCAGUCUGGUAUACAAUCGCAGUCUGAUGUAGCCACACAAAAGUCUGGUAAUGUCCUAAUGAUUUUACACCAGUUUCUGUUAGUUAAGGCAGAAACUAUCCAAAUCUCAAUUUCUCUCUAUGCUUGAUUCCAUUUGUCAAGAUCAGUAAUCUUCCACAACAGAGAAACAGAUGGGCAAAUUCCAACCAAAACAGUCAACCUAAAGAAAAUUGAAUUUACAUGUGAUUUUUUUUUUCUGCUACACAGAAAUGCAGAUUAAAUUAUAUUGGUUAGUAGGAGCAAAGCUACUCGUCUGAUCACUUCGUGCAUAGAACAGCUGCGGGAAAAGUCUAGUUAAACAUGAGUUAAGAACAUUAAAUUAUCAUUGGUUAAA